AUGUCAGACUGGCAUUCCCAGCUUACAGGCCCAAAGCCAACAGAGAAUAAAAACCAAGAGCUUGAAAAACUAAUAGAAUCCCUCCCUCCAGACCAGCGUGCCAAAUUUCAAUCAGUCCUCGGCCCAACCAUUAAAAAAGAAGAGCCAAAACAAGUUUCAGAACAAGAACGCCGUGAACAAUUAAUCCGUGAAUGUCUAGACCAAUGCCAAGCUGGAAACCUAAAACCUCUAGUUGAAGCAAUUAUAGCUGGGAAACUAGACUACGAUUUUAUGGACCCAGCAGGCUUCACAGCUUUACAUAUGGCUGUUUGGCGGUCAGAUAUAGAUUCCGUAAACCGAUUAUUAGAAAAGGCAGCUUGUCCUUAUGAUUUGCGCAGCGGGAACAGCCAAACCCCACUUAUGCUGGCUGCUGCCAAAGGAAAUUACGAAUUAAUUAAGCUUUUCCUUGACAGAGGGGCAGACAUUGAAGCAAUUGACAACUUAGGAUUGACUCCAAUUUUGUGUGCGGUACAGAGCGGCCAAAUUGGGUCGUUUUUUGUAUUGGUGCACAGAGGGGCGAAUAUUAAUGCGACUGACAGUAAUGAGUGUACAGCAAUGCAUUGGGCGGCUUAUAAGAAUAAUGUGAUGUUUAUGAGAUUAUUAUACCUUUUUAUUGUAGAUAAAUAAUAAAAAAUUGUGUUUUUUAAAUAAUAAGUUAUAUAAAAAUAGUAUAAAAUCUUAUGGAAUCUCAAUUGAUGGGAAAGAUAAGCUUGGAAUGACCCCACUGCAUAGAGCUGCUAUGUCUAACGCAAUUGACGCAAUAGAAUGGCUGCUAUUUGAAGGAGCUAAUAAAGAAGUUUUAGACGAAAAGAAAAGGAAGCCUUGCGAUAUCUCAAAAGAGUGGAAUUCUCAAGGGUCUGGACAAGUGCUUAGGAAUUACUGUAGGGAUGGAGGAAGCAUAUAUACACAUUUUACGCUGUGGUUUCUGCUUUAUUGGAUCUUAAUAUAUGGAACUUAUAUUUGGUUUAUUUUGCCGUUUACUGCUCAAUUCUUGUUUUCAAGCUUAGGGUUUAAUUUGUGUGUGCUGUGUAUGCCAGUGAUUUUUAUGUAAAUGGUAUAUAGAUUAUUAAAAUGCUCAAAGCCUGGGUUUUUAGCGAAAAAAGGAGAAUCAGUGGACAACCAGCUGUACAAAACUUUUGGCGAACAGUUCGAGCUCGGAAAUUUCAGAGAAAUGCCUAAGUGUGAAGAAAUUUGUUACUCCUGCUAUAUGGUGCGGCCUCAGCGCUCAAAACAUUGCAGAUUUUGCAAUAUCUGUGUCCCAGUCUAUGACCACCACUGUCUCUUUUUAAACAAAUGCAUAGGGCAAGAUAACCAUAAAAAAUUCGUGAUAGGCCUAAAUACCCACUAUCUUGGCUGUAUUUUUUACCUUUUCCUAGUCUGGGCCUACCUGGACGCUUCAAUUACCUCUGACCACUAUACGACAUAUUUCGUCAAGCUCGUUUAUUCUUUAUUAUCUGAAAAACCCAUCAUUAUUUUGACUGUUUUCCUCACAAUUCCUAUAGCUUGGUAUUCUUUUUGGUAUUUAUUAUUAGAAAUCUACAGCAUUUCCAAUGGUCUUACAGCUAAUGAAGUCUUAAAUAGGCAUAAAUAUAGGUAUCUUUUUGCUCCUUUUCAAAGCAUAGACGGGACUUUGAAGCUGAGGUUUAAAAAUCCUUUCACAAAAGGAUUCCUUAACAACUGGAUGGACUUCUUAACAAAAUAA